UUCUUAUUCAUUUCCUUUUGACAGGGAAGAUCUCUGGAAAAGGAAAACAAAGAGAAAAGGAAGGAAAACUUGUCAGGGGAUGAUGACAUUUGAUCUAGCACAAUCUGAAAGCUGUAGUUGAUCCCAUUCUUUCUUUAACUGACACCAGACCUCUUAGAGCAAGUGUCCUCAAUACUGGAGGGACAUCGUCAAAACCUCAAGUGAGAUUCUAUUCAUUUGCGCUGCCUCGCAUUUCGCUCGUUUGUCUUUUUUCAUCACUGUUUGAAGUGCUUUUGGUCUUUAAGAUACCAGGAUUUCGAUAACUCGUAUUUUGACUACUUUUUUCUCGGUUUGAAGUAAACAGACACUCUGUCACUGGCAUCAACGCGGACCCAGUACUUUUACCUGUGAUCAGAGAAAACGGAUUUUGGGACACUCACAAACGGAGAGAGGGAGCGCGAUUUUUUCAUGUUUGGGAUUCAGGAGAGCAUCCAGAGGAGUGGGAGUAGUUUGAAAGAGGAACCCAUCGGAUCCGGGAUGAACGCAGUUCGGACAUGGAUGCAGGGAGCCGGGGUGUUGGAUGCAAACACAGCCGCUCAAAGUGGAGUGGGUCUUGCCCGGGCGCACUUUGAGAAGCAACCGCCAUCAAAUCUUCGGAAAUCCAACUUCUUUCACUUCGUUUUGGCUUUAUAUGAUAGACAAGGACAACCUGUGGAAAUCGAAAGAACGUCUUUCAUCGGUUUUGUCGAGAAGGAAAAGGAAUCCACUGGAGAGAAGACCAACAAUGGGAUUCAUUACAGACUGCAACUCCUCUACAGUAAUGGCAUCAGGACAGAGCAGGACUUUUACGUGAGGCUCAUCGACUCCAUGACUAAACAGGCCAUUGUUUAUGAAGGUCAAGACAAGAACCCUGAGAUGUGUCGAGUGUUACUGACACACGAGAUCAUGUGCAGCCGUUGCUGUGAUAAGAAGAGCUGUGGCAACCGCAACGAGACCCCGUCUGACCCCGUCAUCAUCGACAGGUUCUUCCUGAAGUUUUUCCUGAAAUGCAACCAGAACUGUCUGAAGAAUGCUGGAAACCCACGAGACAUGCGGCGCUUCCAGGUGGUGAUGUCUACGACGGUCAGUGUGGACGGUCAUGUCCUGGCAGUCUCGGACAACAUGUUUGUCCACAACAACUCCAAACAUGGCCGGCGCGCCCGUCGGCUGGACCCCUCGGAAGGUACGCCGUCAUACCUGGAGCACGCAGCUGCCCCCUGCAUCAAAGCCAUCAGCCCCAGUGAGGGUUGGACAACAGGGGGUGCUACUGUCAUCAUCAUAGGGGACAACUUCUUUGACGGCCUCCAGGUUAUCUUUGGUACCAUGCUGGUCUGGAGUGAGCUCAUCACGCCCCACGCCAUCCGGGUUCAGACUCCGCCCCGCCACAUCCCAGGGGUGGUAGAGGUGACCCUGUCCUACAAGUCCAAACAGUUCUGUAAAGGCACGCCCGGGCGCUUCAUCUACACAGCCCUGAACGAACCCACCAUCGACUACGGUUUCCAGCGGCUGCAGAAGGUCAUCCCCAGACACCCCGGAGACCCAGAACGCCUUCCAAAGGAGGUGAUUCUGAAGAGGGCAGCCGACCUGGUCGAGGCUCUGUAUGGGAUGCCACACAACAACCAGGAGAUUAUUCUGAAGCGGGCGGCGGACAUAGCAGAGGCCCUUUACAACGUACCUAGGAACCACAACCAGCUCAGCGGGCUGGGGAACAGCUCCGUCCACGCAGGCAUGAUGGGGGUCAACUCCUUCCCUGGCCAGCUGGCCGUCAACGUGUCCGAGUCCUCCCAGGGAGCCAAUCAGGGUGAGGGUCGAUACGGGUGUGGCGCUAUCGUCAUAGAAACCGGUUUCAGUCGGAACACGAGCAGUGUUUCCCCUCAUGGCUACGUGCCCAGCUCCACCCCCCAGCAGAGUAACUACAGCUCCGUUACCACCAGCAUGAACGGCUACGGGAACACUGGGAUGUCCAACCUGGGCGGGUCCCCCGGCUUUCUCAACGGCAGCGCCGCCAACUCCCCCUACGCCAUUGUUCCCUCCAGUCCCACCAUGGCCUCCUCCACCAGCCUUCCCUCUAACUGUAGCAGUUCCUCCGGGAUCUUCUCCUUCUCCCCUGCCAACAUGGUGUCGGCCGUCAAGCAGAAGAGCGCGUUUGCUCCCGUGGUGCGACCCCAGACCUCGCCCCCACCCACGUGCACCGGCACCAACUCCAACGGUCUCCAAGAUCAGUCUUUUGUGGACUCUAGCAAGUACUCUACAGCCAGCUCUCUGCAGGGCCUGGCCUUUUCCUGAAUGAUUCCUGGAAUGAUUGUUCCUCCCAUGUAAGCGGUGUGUGUGUGUGUUUUCGGGGGAAGGACACACGCCCGGUUGGAUCUCAGCGUGUACAUAAGGCUCCGGUUUGAGGCUGGAUCAUCAGUCCUGCAUUGAAGGGACGGAACCCGUUACUCAGGCCCUUUUUAAAAGGAAUCACAUUUGAACAAAAAAAGGAAGAAAAAAGAGAGAAAAAAACUGAGCAUUUGCAACAACUUCUUUGGAAUUUCUACACCGUGUUGACACUUUUUAUGAGUGGAGGCGCCUUUCAGAUUACCCAGAAUGCCCGGUGCCCGUCCAACAAACAUGAGUUUUUAAUUUAUUUUGAAGAGGAUUGACUUUUCCUUUAAAUUAGUACAUUGUUUGUGUUUUACCUUUGUGCAAAAAUAUGUAUUUCUCAUAUUCAAAUUGUAUUAUACAUAAGUGACACUAUUAGAGGGAUUCUUUUUAUUUAUGAAUCUAAAAAAAAUGAUUUUCUUUGUGAAGGAUAAAAAAAACAUGUUGAAAUUGAAUUGCAUAGAACCUCUAUUUGAAUUCAAUUUAUACCGUUGUACUCAUGAAUCAAGACAAGCCAAAACCAGACAUUUCAACAUUUCUUUUGUACAACAGUAUGCUGGAUAGAGACAACCCCCACAUGACCUGACUAACCUUAAGGCACAGAAAGACGCACGCUAACUUCGCAUCGUUGCAGAAACCCUACGCUUUUGAGUUAUUUUGGCCACUGCAAACAGACCCUGCACACAUUUCCCUCCUUCCCAUGCCAAGCCGAGACUGCCAUCCCCACGACUAGUGCUUUCACUCAUCUGCACAGAAAGCGAGUGAUUUAUACAUGAUGACACAUAACCAGCCAUUCACCCCAGGUUGGCUGUGAGCGCAGUCUGGUCAUGUCCAGGCUUCUAGGUGGUGGGUAUAGAUAGAGAGUCUGGAUGCCAACAGCACCAUUACUGUAUGGAUCACUGUGUGUAGAGCUGCUGACCAAGUCCCUUAACUGUACACCAGGGCCCCUGUGUCUCUCUCUCUCUGUCUGUUUCUGUCGCUGUCUCUCUCUCUCUCUCUGUCUCUCUCUCUUUCUCUCUCU